AUGCCAGACCACAGUAAUGUUCAGAUUAUCGGUUCGGUUCCGGCGCAGUACGCGGAGGUGGUCGCGGACGACGCGCUGGAGUUCGUUGCCGAGCUGCAUCGUAAUUUCGAAACCACACGGCGACGGCUGAUGCAGGCCAGAGCCAAGCGGCAAGCGGAUAUCGACGCCGGCGCCAAUCCCGAUUUUCUGAUCGAGACCCGCAGCGUCCGUGAGAGUGACUGGAGGGUAGCGCCAGCUCCGGCAGAUAUGACCAAUCGGCGCGUGGAAAUCACCGGCCCGUCGUCGAACCGGCGCAUGGUCAUCAACGCGCUCAACUGCGGGGCGCAGGUUUAUAUGACCGAUUUCGAGGACGCGCAUUCGCCGGCCUGGGUACCCACACUGGACGGGCAGCUGAACGUGCGCGACGCCUACCGGCGCACCAUCAGCGAUGAGACUCCCGACGGUCGUCAGUAUCAGUUGAACGAACAGACGGCGACGCUGUGCGUGCGCCCUCGCGGGCUGCAUUUGAUGGAGCGGCACGUGCUGGUGGAUGGCGAGCCGGUGGCUGGAAGCUUCUUCGAUUUUGGCCUCACCGUAUACCACAAUCAUGUUGCCCAGCAGAGCCACGGCACCGGCCCCUAUUAUUAUUUGCCCAAGUUGCAAUCGUACCUGGAAGCGCGACUCUGGAACGAGGUGUUCAACUACGCCGAGGAACGCCUGAACAUCCCGCGUGGCUCCAUCAGCCCAACCGUGCUGAUCGAACACAUCCUGGCAGCGUUCGAGAUGGAAGAAAUCCUGUACGAGCUGCGGGAGAGGCCGGCCGGUCUCAACCUGGGACGCUGGGACUAUAUCUUCAGCGUGAUCAAGGUGUUCAACCAGCGGGCGGACAUGGUAUUCCCCGAUCGCGCGCAGGUAACGAUGGCGACGCAUUUUCUGACAUCGGCGGCGCAACUGCUGGUGAAUACGUGCCACCGCAGAGGCGCUCACGCUUUGGGAGGCAUGUCGGCGUUUAUCCCGCGCCGGGACGACGAGGCUGCCAACACGGCCGCGUUCGCACAGGUGCAAUCGGACAAACAGCGGGAAGCCAGCCAGGGUUUUGAUGGCGCGUGGAUCGCCCAUCCGGGGUUGGUUGCGCCGGUACUCGACGUGUUCCAGGCGGCUUUCUCGGGCGACAAUCAACUGGGUGUCAUUCCCGAGGUGCGCAUCGCUCCCGACGACCUGCUGGAGGUUCCAGAGGGUCAGAUUACCGAAGCGGGCCUGCGCAACAACGUCAGCGUUGCGUUGCAGUACGUGGACGCCUGGACGCGGGGCAACGGUGCGGUGGCCAUCUACGGUUUGAUGGAAGACGCCGCCACCGCGGAGAUUUCCCGGUCGCAGCUGUGGCAGUGGAUUCACCAGGGAGCGGCGCUGGACGACGGAAGGCCCAUUACCGCUGAGUUGUACCGGCGGAUACGCGCCGAGGAAGUGGCCUCGCUGGUCCAGCAACGGGGGUCGGAAAACACCGGAGCGCUGGAUAAGGCGGUGGAGCUGCUGGACGAAAUCGUGCUGGCUGACGAAUUCAUCGAAUUCCUGACGGUGCCGGGCUACCGCUACCUGGACUAG